AUGAACCUGCAAAGCAACGGCCUGUCUGUUCAGUGGUACCUGAAGUCCAAGCCGGUGGGAAAGGUGAGGCGGCGUGUACAGGAGAUGAAAAACCCAUCUGUCUCCCUGGUGUCGGGUGACAUUGACCUCAGCCACAACGAGAGCACCAGAUUGGCCAUGGAUGCCUUGCUGAACCAGGGAUUGGACAUGUACCAGGAAGUACUGGCCGGAGAGGGCGAGGUGGACUUCCUGUCCAAGGAGGAGAAAGGUUAUAUCCUGGAGAACACUACAGACCUGAGCACCAGCAGUCUGUGUGGGACGGAGAACGACAACCAGGCAGAGGGCUCCACCACCUCUUCCCAGACAAACACCUGUUGUCCAUCCGUGUCUGAGAGCGAGCCCCCCGGCUUGGACCACGGCUGGCCGGCAGAGGACUGGAGCUACCGCCUGCAGGGUGAACCCAGUGUAGAGGUCUACUUCCAGUCUGAUAGAGCAGCCAGCAUGAAAGACCUGCUCAGAGAGUUCAUCAGCAAGGCCACAAUGGUUCUGGCCAUUGUAAUGGACACAUUCAGUGAUGUGGAGAUGUUCUGUGACAUCCUGGAGGCAACCAGGAAGAGGAACGUGUCCGUCUACCUGCUCCUGGACCAUAUCAACCUGCAGGUCUUUGUCAAGAUGUGUGAGACGCUACAGAUCAACAGUAAUCAUCUCACUAAAAUGUCGGUCCGUAGUAUACAAGGAGAGACGUAUUGUGCCAAGUCUGGAAGGAAACUCACUGGACAGAUCAAAGAGAAGUUCAUGAUCAUUGACUGCACUUUGGUGCUGGCUGGAUCAUACAGUUUCACCUGGCUGUCCUGGCAGGUCCACAGAAGCCUGGCUGUGCUCUUCAAGGGCAGCGCGGUCGAGCCUUUCGACCUGGAGUUUAGGAAGCUCUAUGCCAGCUCCAAGCCUGUGCCAGGCUUCCUCACAACGGCAACGGAGUUCAACCUUACCAGGCCGCUUAUCACCCAUCAAGCAGCAGCCACC